AUGGAAUCCAACCUGCAAGGGACAUUCCUGCUGAACAACACAUCCCUGGCUCAGUUCUCGGAGAUGAAGGCGCCCAUGUGCCAAUACGCCAUGCAGAAUUCUUUCUACAAGCUCAGCCCUCCGGGGCUCAGCACCCAGCUGGCCGCCGGGACCCCCCACGGGAUUACGGAUAUCCUGAGCAGGCCUGUGGCCGCCCCAAACAAUAGUCUCCUCUCAGGCUAUCCCCAUGUAGCAGGCUUCAGUGGACUCAGCUCCCAGGGGGUCUACUAUGGUCCCCAAGUGGGGAAUUUCUCCAAGGCAGGUAACGAGUACCCACCCAGGGGUAGGAACUGCUGGGCAGACACCGGCCAGGACUGGAGAGGAGGCCGUCAGUGCAGUAACACCCCAGACCCUCUGAGCGACAGCAUCCAUAAAAAAAAGCACACUCGCCCUACCUUCACAGGACAUCAGAUUUUUGCUUUGGAGAAAACCUUUGAGCAAACCAAGUACCUAGCCGGGCCCGAGAGAGCACGCCUGGCCUACUCCUUGGGAAUGACAGAGUCCCAGGUGAAGGUCUGGUUUCAGAACCGCAGGACAAAGUGGAGAAAGAAGAGCGCCCUGGAGCCCUCCUCUUCCACUCCGAGAUCUGCUGCUGGGGGAGGCGGCGGAGGCAGCGGUGACCGCACGGCUUCGGAGAACGAGGACGACGAAUACAACAAGCCCCUGGAUCCAGACUCUGACGACGAGAAGAUCCGCCUGCUACUCCGGAAGCACAGGGCGGCCUUCUCCGUCCUCAGCCUGGGGACUCACAACGUCUGA